GCUAUAUUUGAUGAGCAAGAGCCAAACCAUGGAGGAGAUGGCACCAGUGCCAGUUCUACAGGCACACAGAGUCCUGAGAUAUUUGGUAGUGAACUGGGCACAACUACAGCAUCUUAUGAAGCAGCAAGUGAAAUUGAAGUCACACCUUCAGUUCUUCGUACAAAUAUGCCACUUCAUGUACGGCGCAGCAGUGACCCAGCAUUAGUGGGCCUCUCCUUAUCAAUCAGCGAUACCAAUUUUACUUCAGAAGAGCCUUCACGAAAAAACCCCACAAGAUGGUCCACAACAGCAGGCUUUCUGAAGCAGAAUCCUUCUGGUGGCACAAGAAGUCAUGAGCGCAAGAAAGACGAAAAUUACAGAAGCCUCCCACGGGACACCAGUACCUGGUCUUCUAAUCAAUUUCAGAGGGAUAAUGCUCGUUCUUCAUUAAGUGCCACUCAUCCCAUGGUAGAUAAAUGGCUGGAGAGACAAGAACAGGAUGAUGAUGGGACAGAAGAAGAAGAGAGCAGAGUAGAACCAGUGGGUCAUGCAGAUGCAGGUUUGGAUAACAUCACCUAUUCGUUAGAUGAUAUGGUAAAGCUCGUUGAAGUUUCCAAUGAUGGUGGACCUUUGGGGAUCCAUGUAGUUCCUUUCAGUGCUCGAGGCGGAAGAACUUUAGGUCUAUUAGUGAAGAGACUGGAGAAAGGUGGUAAAGCAGAACAGGAAAACCUCUUUCAUGAAAAUGACUGUAUUGUCAAAAUUAACGAUGGGGACCUUCGAAAUAGAAGAUUUGAGCAAGCACAGCAUAUGUUCCGUCAAGCCAUGCGUACACCGAUCAUUUGGUUCCAUGUGGUUCCUGCUGCAAGAAAACAACAGUAUAUAAAGCUGUCACAAAGUGAAAAGAAUGCUUACCAUUCCAGUCGUUUUAGUCCUGAUUCCCAUUAUCAAGACAGUAAAGGUAUCGACCAUUCUGGACUUCACACUUUACAAAAAAUGCCCCAAGUGAGCAAUCAAGCUGAUGCGUUGGACUCUUAUUCACAACUACCUCAUAAUGUGAAUUCAGGAAAACCACCUUUGGGUCUGACAUCAACACCACAGAAAGUUCAUACCGCUUUGAACUCUGGCUAUAAUACCAAAAGGAUAGGGAAGCGUCUUAAAAUACAGUUAAGGAAAGGUACUGAAGGCCUAGGAUUUAGCAUCACUUCAAGAGAUGUUCCUAUUGGUGGCUCAGCUCCAAUUUAUGUGAAAAAUAUCCUUCCAAGAGGCGCAGCUAUUCAAGAUGGAAGAUUAAAGGCUGGAGACCGACUCAUUGAGGUAAAUGGAGUGGAUUUAACAGGAAAAACCCAAGAAGAAGUUGUUUCUCUCCUGAGAAGCACUAAAAUGGGUGGAUCGGUUAGCCUACUAAUUUUUCGUCAAGAAGAAGCAUUCCAUCCUAGGGAAUUGAAUACUGAACAAAGCCAGUCACAAAUUCCAAAGGAAACGAAAUCAGAAGAAGAAGAUCUUGUUCUUACUGCUGAUGGCACCAGAGAAUUCCUCACUUUUGAGGUUCCUCUUAAUGAUUCUGGGUCAGCUGGACUUGGUGUCAGUGUGAAAGGUAACCGGUCAAAAGAGAAUCAUGCAGACCUCGGCAUCUUUGUGAAGUCCAUUAUUAAUGGUGGAGCAGCUUCUAAGGAUGGAAGACUCCGAGUGAAUGAUCAAUUAAUCGCAGUAAAUGGAGAAUCAUUGUUGGGAAAGACGAACCAAGAUGCCAUGGAAACUUUGCGUAGGUCCAUGUCCACAGAGGGAAAUAAACGGGGAAUGAUUCAACUGAUUGUUGCAAGACGAGUGAGCAAAUGCAAUGAGUUGGAAUCACCUGGGAGUCCUCUGGGGCCGGAGCUGCCUAUUGAGACACUAAUGGAUGACCGGGAGCGUAGGAUUUCCCAUUCACUCUACAGUGGGGUUGAAGGCCUCAAUGAAUCCCCCACCAGGAAUGUUGCCUUGAGUAGACUAAUGGGUAAAUUCCAGCUUUCCCCAACAGUCAACAUGCCCCAGGAUGAUAUGAUAAUGAUUGAAGAUGACAGACUACCUGUACUACCUCCAUAUCUUUCAGACCAAUCAUCUUCCAGUUCUCAUGAUGACAUAGGCUUUGCAACCAUGGAUGCUGGAGCUUGGAGUAAACCAAUAGUGAAUGAAUCAGCAGAAUGCAUACUAAGUCCAGAUAUGGAUCCAGAGCUGGCUUUCCAACGAGAAGGAUUUGGACGUCAGAGUAUGUCAGAAAAGCGUGCUAAGCAGUUUUCAGAUGCCAGCCAAUUAGACAUUGUUAAAACACGGAAAUCUAAAAGCAUGGAUUUAGUAGCUGACGAGACUAAGCUCAGUACAAUGGAUGGCCAGAGAACAGGUUCUCCAACCAGAGAUGUGGGGCCAUCAUUAGGCCUGAAGAAAUCCAGCUCUUUAGAAAGUUUGCAGACAGCAGUUGCUGAGGUGACAUUGAAUAGUGACAUUCCGUUCCAUCGUCCACGACCACGAAUAAUCCGAGGACGAGGAUGCAAUGAAAGUUUCAGGGCAGCAAUAGAUAAAUCAUAUGAUAAACCUGUUGCUGAUGAGGAUGAUGAAGGAAUGGAAACCUUGGAAGAAGACACAGAAGAAAGUUCACGAUCUGGUAGAGAAUCUGUGUCCACAUCUAGUGACCAACCAUCCCAUUCUCUAGAAAGACAGAUGAAUGGCAGUCAGGAGAAAGGGGACCGAAAAAAAAUUGGGAAGGACAAGAAAAAAGAUCGAGAUAAGGAGAAGGAUAAAAUCAAAGCCAAGAAAGGAAUGCUCAAAGGUCUUGGGGACAUGUUCAGGUUUGGCAAACAUCGAAAAGAUGACAAGAUUGAGAAAAUAAAAGUGCAGGGAGCUGAUACUUCAGAAGAGGAGAGAAUACGUAUGAAACAAGAACAGGAAAGGAUACAAGCCAAGACCCGAGAGUUUCGUGAAAGACAAGCCCGGGAACGAGAUUAUGUUGAGAUCCAUGAUUUAAACAGGACUUAUGCAUGUGAUGCUGACUCAAUGUAUGCUGGAAUUCCUUCAUAUUCCUCCAUGAGUAGCAGCACAAUUAGCAGUAGACCACAGAGCCCAGGGGAAGCAUCGACAAUAGAAGCAUUAUAUGCCCAAGUAAAGAAAGGACGCAAUUCAAAAUCUUCACCUGCAGACAGAUCAGCUCCAAGCAAUCAUGACCGGAUACAACGAUUAAGGCAAGAAUUUCAACAAGCCAAGCAAGACGAAGAUGUGGAAGACAGGAGGCGUACUUACAGCUUUGAACAACCAUGGCCAAAUUCAAAGACCUAUUCACAGAGUGGCAGACAUUCUGUAUCAGUAGAAGUUCAGAUGCAGAAGCAACGACAAGAGGAAAGAGAGAGUUUCCAGCAGGCUCAGAGGCAAUACAGUUCAUUACCCAGACAAAGUCGGAAAAAUGCCAGCUCUGUAUCUCAAGAUUCUUGGGAACAGAACUAUCUUCCUGGUGAAGGUUUUCAAAGUGCUAAAGACAACCCUCGGUACUCCAGUUACCAAGGCUCUAGGAACGGCUACCUCGGGGGCCACGGCUUCAAUGCUCGAGUCUUGCUUGAAACACAAGAGCUCCUCCGUCAGGAACAUCGGCGGAGAGAGCAACAGCUGAAAAAAAAGACUUCUUCUGAAGGGCCCAACAACUAUGACUCCCAUAAGAAAACUCAGGACCCUAAUUAUGCCACUCCCAAAGGUCCUUUCAGGCAUGAUGUACCACCUUCACCAUCUCAGGUUGCCAGGCUGAACCGAUUACAAACACCAGAAAAGGGAAAACCUUUUUAUUCUUUAGUUGAAGAAAAAAGUCAGCGGCCCAUGUAAUAAAGGAAUUUUUCAUAUAGAGAGACUUACAUUACGGAACUCUAUGUUUCAAAUGGAGGGACUCUUAUUUUGUUUUUCAGUGCCUUUAGCAAGAUGGACAAUGAAUUGGAAGGCCUUAUAUAUACAUAUUUUUUUUUGCCAUUAUCUUUCAAGUGUUAUAUUCACAAAAGGAUUAUCCAUUAUUUGACAAUCAUAUUUGAGGCAAGCAAUGAGUCUUGGCUAUCAAGUAUCCUAGCCAGUUUUUAUUAUAAAUAAUUGCUCAUCAAAUUACACCAUUAGUGUUGUUCAAAGAGAUACUUUUCUAGCAUAUAACAUUGAUUGUUUUCUAAUUUAAAAUCCCAUUGCCAUAUUUUGUUUGUUUGUUUAUUUCCCUUAAUUUGAAGAAAGCAAGUACUUAUCAGUUAUAAGCAGUGAGCCAGGAAUCUAUUCUACUCUAGUCCUUGUUUUCUUUCUGAUCAUUAUUUAAAUGUCUGUUCACUAAAAUACUGUUUUUCUAUGACUUCAUUGGUCAUUCUUGAGUUCUGCACAAAACUUUAUGCUCAUUCCUCAUUCAUUUAUCUGAGAGACCUUGUUACAUUUGUCUCAUACCUUAACAUAUAUAUACCUUAUAUUAUUAUGAGGCAUUGUAUUUAUAAUUUAUAUCAGCUAAUGGUGGGGAGGGGAAAUGUUUGUCUGUGGAAUGGUCAAUUUCUCCAGAGUGGUUUAGCCAAGUGUCUUUUUUUAUUAACUGCUCCCAAUUAUGUACAAUUUCAGCCCCCCCCCCCAAAAAUUAAAGAUAAAUGAUUGCUCAGAUAUUCCAUACUUUCUAAUAAUUUAAUUUCUCAUUAUUUUUGUUAGAAGGAAGAAAUGCAGGACAAAAUAAAGUGAAAAUCUAUUUUUUGAAUUAAAACUAGCUUUUGUAAGCCUGUCUUUUUGACAGUUUGUAAAAACCUGUGGACAUUUUGUGCUAUGCUUCCAUGUUGCUAUAUUUUGCCACUUAGAACAAUAUUUGGAAUCAAGUAAAAUAUAAAAUAAGAGAAAAAUGUGAAAAAAUUGAUAUACAUCAUCAUGAAAAUACUUUGGUGUUAAAAAAAUGAAAAAAGCUGUGAGGAUAUAUUUUCAGUGCAUUUUGAAUAUACAGAAUUUUCCUUUGCAACAGCUAGUUUUAUGUUUUGAGGGUCUGAACAUUCAUCUAUUGUUUUAUAAGUGCCUGAAGUGAAAAAGGCUUGAGAUUAAAAAUGAGGCAUAUCAUCCUUAAAUGAAAAAAUAUUAACGGUGUGUUACUGUAUGAUUGUUAAUUUGCCAUUAAAAAAAGGAAUAAACCUGCCCAUAAUGCUUUUGCUACAAAGAAUACUUUACUUUUGCUGUUUCAAGAAUAUAUGUGAAUAUUCAGUAUAUUCCAGCAGUGUCUUCUAUAUUUGUUUGCUAAUUUUGUUUGUUAAUAUACUCAAGUGUUAAAGAUUUGUUACUAAUGUAAGCACAGUGACAUCUGACGAAAAUGGCUCUUUUUCACAUAGCACUGGGAGAAAUGGUGUAAAUACAGAAAUUUAGAAUAAAAA